AUGGAGAACCACCAAUUGGACGAGCAACCAGAUGAACCCGCAACAGCAUAUCCGCCUCCUAAAGAUGAGGAGUUCAUCUCCAAUAUCCUUCCGUCUUACCAUAUGUUUCAACUGACCAUCCUGAAACAUCUCCGCCCGCUGAACGAAAACUUUUCGGAUGAGCCUCCCGUAUACGAGGAUCUGGUGCCUCUGCUGGCAGUCACCACGCCAGGACCAUCAACACCCUUUUCGUUACUGACGGUGGUGCUGCCCCUGGAUUACCCGCAACAGGUGGACGAUCUGUUUUUCCCGAUUCACGAUACUGAUGAGCAGUCUCAAGGGUACGAAAAUACGAUCCUCGCCAAUAUCCACAAGCUCCCUAACUUGAGUAAAAGGGAUAUGCACGUGCUGAAUUCGCUUGAGAUCAAUAUCACGGUGACCCAGAACGUUUGUCAGAUCGGCCAGAAACCAACAAUCAUCAACCCUCUGGACUAUGAAUACUCACAAGGUGAUUUCAUCCACGGAUACGUCACCAUCUUAAAUAAGCUGGACACGCCGAUCCCAUUUGAUAUGGUGUACGUUUGCUUUGAAGGAAGUAUCGUUGUGUUGGAAAACAAGCGCGGUUUAAUCGACACUGAGACUCCUCACACAGUAUUUAAGUUUCUCAGUACCCUUGAUCUUUUCGCUCUGUGGACGUUUGCCAAUAUCGACCGUUUAGCUACUGAUAAAGGUGAUCCUCAUGAUUGGUGUUACGGCGAAAUUGACCCUCAGGACGGUACUUAUUUAAGUAUUGAUGCUAAGCGUCUACUUCUUCCUGGUCUCACAUAUAAACGGAUGUUCUCAUUCCGUAUACCCGAAAAGCUUCUUGAUGAUGCAUGUGACCCUCAUGGGUUUGCUCUCCACACCGAGUUACCAUCUACCCUCGGCGUUCCUCGUCAUCUGAUCCCUCCCUCAGUGCUUUUGGCGGCUAAAGAACUGCUGGUGCGCGAUUUCAGCUUUGCCGACACUUCAGUGAACUACUCGGUUGACUGUCGGAUUAUCGGUAAAGCGCUGGAGUACCAGUUUGCUGUGUCAGGCCAGGAUCAGUACGUGGUGGCCCAGGAGAAGCUGUUACCGGUGAGAGUGGUACCCCACACAAAUCUUGAAAUCGUGUACAUGCGCAAAACCCUUGAGGAUGAGGCUAGAGUGUUCUAUAAAGCACUUUGUGAUCUUGUACGAGAGAAAGUGAACAUGGGCCAGGACCUCUUGAAAUUACCGCAAAAACGUCGUUUAGCGUGGCUUAACCGGGCCACAGCGUCAGCUAAGAUUCAACAAUUAUAUGAAGUGACAGGAUCACAAAACAAACGGCCCCUCGAUAACGAGAAAGCCGCCGAGAACUUAUAUCGGCACUUGAGCCCUUACAAAAAGAAGCUGUUGACGGGGCUGUCAAAACUAUUAGGGAUCAUCGCAUUGACGACCCCGAAACAGGCUUAUACCAUUGAAUACAUACCCCCUUUGAAGCAUCGCAAAAAAGGAGCCAACUACGAAACCAUCGUCACCGUGCCCGUGGAACUCUGCUUCUAUCCUGAGGAACAGGGAAAAUCGCCUCCGGAGGUGAAACUGACGCUGUGCGAGCUUAUGGUGCUCACCGUUCGACUGAAGCGCCACCCGUUUCCGUUUGAAAUCGUCCACGAUAUGUGUUUCCACUCAGAAGAAGUCGACACCAAACGCCGCGAAGCAGACACGUUUGACGACAUCGUUAUCAAGCCGUUUACCGAGUACUCCCAGCAACUCUCCCAGCUCAUCAAGAGUGUGGGCAACGACACGUUUCGGCUCGAGUCUCAAGUAUACCGCGACGUCAAGCUGGUAGCCACCGCGACGUCAAAGACGGUGACGCUACUGGUGCGAGACCUGGCGGUACAGGUGAUACAGAGAAGCGCCAGCCUGUGUGGUGUUCACACCGCCCCUCAGCUCAUCGCAUGGCUGGACCAUGGAGACUACAAGAGCAAGUCGUUUGCCCUUAGAGUUGAUCUUGGAGAGUUAUACAUCAAGGGAAGUGAUAAGCAGCUGGAGCAGAUCACGUUGGUGCCGAGUUCUCAGCUGUGUUUGGUGGCACGGGUAUACUACUUGAGAGUGGUAGUGAAGUUGACGCUGGGAGAACUGCCGUUCGUCCACGUACCGGUGUACAUAGAAAAGCGGGCCCCGCAAUUAUAG